AUGGAAAGUCACGUGAGUGCGAACAUCGAACUCCCGAAUCUCCGGAUCGAAUGUCGAAACCCGUAUCGUUUUCACCCCCUUCAAUCAAAUCCUAUCCCCCACCCGCCCUUCAAAAUGACUGCCGCCUGGAAAGCCGCCGGUUUGACCUACAACCGCUACCUGGCCAUCGCCGCUCGCACCGUGCGCCGCUCCCUCAAGGACGGUCCCCGUCUCGCCUCUGAGCGCCGCGGCCAGAUGGAUCUCCGUUUCGCCAAGUGGGAGAACGGCAAGCAGGGUGAGGUCCGCUCGCUCGCCCAGGCCAACAACGAGGCCGUUGCCCAGACCGCUGAGAAAUAA